GCUCAAGUCUGUUGUUCUCUCCUACAGAGUCGUAUUCUUACUAUGGAGACUAACAGCAAUAAAAAUAGUGACAAAUCUCAAUUCUAAAUACCAAACAACGAACAUGGCUGCUUUAAGGAAAAACAAAUCUCCUGUAAUGACCGCUGCCGUAAGCUGCUCCCGCUUACGGCAGGUCCAGGCUCUGCUAAGGGAUGAUGUUAAAACAGCUCCAGAUGGCAUCCUUUGCUCCCUGGGUAUUGACAGCCGCUACAAUGAAGGCUGCAGCGAGCUGGCCAGCUACCUUUUCUGUGGCUUGUAUAAACACAACCAUUUUGACAUGGAUCAGAUUCCAGAGGACUUCCCAGAGGAAGUUUUGGAUGAUGUGAUCAUCCUUAUUAAGACAGAGUGUGUCCAUCUGUACUGCAACCCAGUGAAUUAUGGGUACUUGCUUCCCUAUGUAUCUCACUGGAGGAAUCUCCACCUCCAUUGUCUGACUGAGACAGAGUAUGAGGAUGAAGAGGUUGCAGAGGAAUUUAAGAUCUCAAGUUUUGUGUCCAUGGUUCAAGACUGCCAUUGUAUUGGAAUCCCCUACAGUUCACAUGACCAAGUUCAGAAGUUUGACAUGUUUAUGUUGGAGAAGUGGCCCAUCAUUCAGGCAUUUGCCUUGGAAGGAAUCGGAGCUGGAGGGUUUUUCACCAUGAAAUAUAAGCUCACAGAUGUAAGUCAGAGACUCUGGCAAAUCUACAGCAGAUUGGACCCAGUGUCUCUAGACUGCCUUCUCAAUGAGGACCUUCAGCUGUUCGAAAGACAGUGGAGCUGUCUGUUCUCCAGUAUGGAAAUUGAGAGUGCACUGUCCAUGCAGGAGCUGUCAGAGGCCCAAGUUGCAGAGCCUUUCAGAACAUAUUAUUCACAUGGUCUUAUUUCCAGCAAUAUCACAGACAAGAGUAAAAGCAGGCAGCCAUUCGUUUUGUUUGGGAGUCACUCUACUAAGGAAGAUCUGGAGAACUACUGUUUCACCUUUCCCUCUGAAGGCCACCAUGUCCGCAACACAAGCCCUGCUGGGGGUGUUGCAAAACACAUGCUGCUGCAAUGUGUGGCUCCUAAAGGGCCACUAGCCUGCGCUCGAACCUAUUUCUUUGGAAGCACACAUGUCCCAUACUUGGGAAAUGACAAUACCCAGCAGAAGAGCACAGAUCUCCAGCUGCUUUCACAUAUCUACUCAGCUGCGGUUCAGUCUGUACUGGCAGGAAUCAAAUGUUUCUCUAUCAACUCCAGUGCUAGAAAGGCAAAGGAUGUAGCAGAACAAACGUUUCAGCUGGCCUUGGACAAUUUUGGGUUGAUUCAGUACAAGGGAGCUCUCAGGUCCAAAGCUGUGUUUAGCAUACAGGCUGUCAAUAAUGAGGGAACAAUCAUUCCCCUCAGUGAUGAGGACAGUCGCUUUCUGGUAAAAAAGGCAUCCAUGAUAGUGUAUGAUAUCCCAGAUCCCCAGUGUGGAGGAAACCUAGGAUCAAUAGUUUUCUCUGAAUCCUUUCUAGAGUCCAGCGUUUACAUUCAGCAGAGAGAUGGCGCCCUUUCCUCUGAUAGCUGUUUCACUGUGCUCACCUCCUCAGUUCCUCGCUAUGUCUGCUGGCUGGUAGAUGAGGCUGAUGUGCGAAUGUCUGAACAGGCUCAGCAUCUGCUUAAGAAAGAGGAUGGUACGUGUUUGGGCAUUCCUCUUACAGUGAGAGACUCUGCCUACAUGUUCUCCAACAGCCUGCUCUCUACACCGGAGGAAGGGAAGCUGGUGUUUUUCUCUGAGGGUAUCCUGUUUGUACAUCCACAUUAUGGCUCCAUCACACUUUCUAUGAGUCACAUCAACACAAUUAAACUCUAUGAUGGGGGCUCUCUGUCUGAUAUUUCAGUGCUGUUCAUCGAGUAUCAGACCUCUCUGCUUCGACACCUUCCAUUCCCUUUACACAGCAAUGAGCUCUCUCUGGCCAUCGCUGUACUUCCCAGAACCAAGAGCUACAAAAGCUUCUAUUCACAGGUCCUGCCAGCUUGGCAUAAGUCAGACUCUGGACUGAGAGUGCAGCACGUCCUCCAUGAUCAGCUGAGCCCUGAGCACAAGAGCAUGUACUUCAGGCUGUUUAAGCUUCAUGAAACACAUUCUCCAGCGGCAAACAGCCACAGAGCUGUUCUGAAGACUGCUUAUCCACAGCUGCCAGAGCAGGACAGGUUUCUACAGCAUUUUGCCAUCAGCAGUAGCGUGGGAGAAGAGUCUGUCUGUAGCGACCACUUGUCUACUGUGUUUUCAGACACCGUACCUGAAAACACCAUACCUGAAUCCAACAAAAAGGUGGUCCUCACUAUCAUUUCAGGCUUGCCGGGCAGUCAUAAGGAGAAUCUGUGUGAUUUCUUGAUGGAAGUGAAUCAAAAUAGCACCAGGUGGGAGGUGUUUUGCCCUUCUCUGGAGGGCUCUGAGGAUUUCAGUGCAUCACACCUUCAGCGGUUCCUGAGCAGUCUUCUGGCCAAACAGAGGGACACAGAUCUGAACUCAUCCAGAGUUCUGCUGCUUAUACCAGGGUACACUGAUGUGCUGGAUGUAAUCCAGGCAAUCACGGCUCAUCCAGACCCACAGGUUCACAGCCAAGUGACAGUGGGUGCCGUCUCAGCCUGUGUCAACCCACUCACAUCCUUCAUCAAACACAGGCUUCUCUUCCCCAAACUCCUGGAACAGUGCAGUCAGGGUGUUGUCAGCAAUGUUGUCUUCACGGGUUUGACUACUGAGCAGAAGCACCCACUUCUCAAACACAUGCAGCAGCUGAUCCGUGCAGCCAAUCCCAGAACUGCAUUUAUCUUAGCAGAAAAAGGGGUGGUUCGAAGGACUGAAGAUAUAAGUCUUAUUCUGGAUGUCAGCAAUUUCUCACAGUCUCAUAUGAUCAAUGCACGAUACCUUCUGUAUCCUGGCUGGUGGGAGGGCCGGUUUGUGUCUGGAAGUGGAACUUUAUCUAUUUCUCAGCAUCGUAUUGAGUUCAGUCGUCCAUUAGAGAGAGCGUUAUUUCUGCAGCGCUGCAAAGCUCUGAAGUCCUCUCUCAAACCUAGCCCUUUCACUGGAAACAUCUAUCACAUCAGUGGGAAAGUGCUGUUCUCUGGUAGGGCAAUCUGUUUUCAUCAUCUCCUGCUAGAUCUGCGUUUGUUUUAUGAGAAAUACAGUGUGACAUAGUCAAGUAUCAACUAAGAUUGUUUAUAAAUAUAUAUUGUUUGAUUCCAGGAUGUCUCUUGCUCUGGUUUUGUCUGUGUAGUUAAUGUAUGAUUUUCCUAUGAGAAGUAGUAGGCAGGGGGCCUGUGGGGUAACGCCACACGGUAGGACUCUCACCUCUGAAUCCUCAAAGUGAUGUGGCCUGCACACAUCUAUUCUCACUUUUUUUUCUCAGUCGUUUCUUCUUGUGGUCACGUUUUUUGGAGGUUUUUUUUUUUUUGGACUGUCCUCUGUUCCUUUGAAUCUUUGGUGUAGUUGCAUGGAGAGAGUGGGCAGAUUGACAGAAUGGAGAGAGCUGAGUGAUUUAAUAGUGCCUGAGUUACAGCACGCUAGAUAGUGUAGUUAAUUUAGGACCCGUACAGUUUGAACACCAUCUGUGAUGCCUAGUUAUCCCCAUUAAUCAUCUGUGUUUUGUUAUGGAAAUCUUUUCUAUAUAUAUAAAUAUAUCUUCUUCUUUUUUUUGGUGCCUACGUUUGGUUUGUUGUGUGAAGUUUUUGUAACAUUUUCUUAACAUUCAGUGCAUUGUGUUCAGUUGUUUUCAAGUUUGACUCCUUGCUUGUUUGUAGAGUGCAGAGUUGUAGUCAACACUGCAGAAGAGUGAUUGAUGGGAUGGAUGGCUGUUGGCACGCCAUGCUAGACAUAGCUCCGUCUGAUGACAUGUUUGAUAAAUUAGUGUGCAGCAUGUUGGACUCAGUGUGUGUGUGUGUGUGUGUGUGUGUGUGUGUGUAUAUAUCUGACUGCAUUUGGUGUCUGUUUUCACUGCAGACAAUGACAGACAGAUGGAGGUAAACUGUAACUCUAUCAGUGGGAAUGUGACCGUUGCCCCCGAUCAGGGGACUCACCAUGGCCCGCGGACAACAAACAACUGUUAUCUAAUGUUUCACGGAGUGGGGCUCACCCAG